ACCAGUCCAUGUCAGUGAACUGCUGAACGACUCAUCUGAUUAACUUUUGUUAACAAAAUGUAUUAAAAUAAUGCAGAUUUUGGUGUGCUUGUACAUUAUCGAAAUAAUUGAUUGAUGAACUGCUGACCGUGACAGCCAGUUAUAUUGACAAGUAAAUUGGAUUCUCAAAAGCCUGAUCAAAGUUUCAGUGAGUUUGACUCUGGUUUGACAUUAAUUACAGUCGUCAUUCUCUACACAGCUGUGUGUCCAGAAUUGCUCAUGUGGGCACAUUUGUGAACGUUAUAUUAUCUACGCCACAGAACAUGGACAUCGGAUGGAGGUUAUCUUGCACCGAGCUGAAACGGUCACGGCUAGAAGGGAUCGAGCUUUAGUCAAAUUAACGUAAAAGUAUAUAUUUUUUUUAUGUUUUGUAGCAUUGUAGCUAACUACAUAUUUUCCAAACCUUUACCGUGUUCUCCUUAAUCUGACGUUAAUUUAACAGAAGAUGGAUCGCUUUGACAUGACCCUCUAAGACCUAGCGGAGCUCCCAUCGCCCGUCCAGUGUGCCCUGUCACAAGGGAGUCCUCCUCGCGGUGAUUGGGUGAAAGAUGGCGUUGGGCGAAUGGAAAUCCUAAUGACAGUUUCCAAAUUUGCCUCUUUUUGUACCAUGGGCGCCAAUGCCUCCGCUCUGGAGAAAGAGAUUGGCUCAGAGCAGUUCCCUGUCAACGAGCACUACUUCGGAUUGGUCAAUUUUGGGAACACGUGCUACUGUAACUCGGUGCUGCAGGCGCUGUACUUCUGCCGUCCGUUCCGGGAGAAGAUCUUGGCGUACCGCAGCCAGCCCCGACGCAAGGAGAACCUGCUGACCUGCCUGGCCGACCUGUUCCACAGUAUCGCCAACCAGAAGAGAAAGGUGGGAGUCAUACCACCCAAGAAGUUCAUCACGCGCCUACGCAAGGAGAAUGAGCUGUUUGACAACUACAUGCAACAGGAUGCCCAUGAGUUCCUGAACUACCUGCUCAACACCAUCGCUGACCUGCUGCAGGAGGAGAGGAAGCAGGACAAGACCAACGGCCGCCUGGCCAAUGGCUCGCUCGACUCCCAGAACAACAACAGCAACGCCCCGCCUCCCUCCACCUGGGUCCAUGAGAUCUUCCAGGGAACCCUCACCAAUGAGACCCGCUGCCUCACCUGUGAAACGAUCAGCAGCAAAGAUGAAGACUUCCUGGACCUGUCAGUGGAUGUGGAACAGAACACCUCUAUCACACACUGUCUCAGGGGGUUUAGUAACACAGAGACUCUCUGCAGUGAGUACAAGUACUACUGUGAAGAAUGUAGAAGUAAACAGGAGGCACACAAAAGGAUGCGUGUGAAGAAGCUGCCUAUGAUCCUGGCUCUACACCUGAAGAGGUUCAAGUACAUGGAGCAGCUGCAGCGUUACACCAAGCUGUCCUAUCGUGUUGUCUUCCCUCUGGAGCUCCGCCUCUUCAACACCUCAGGAGACGCAACCAAUCCCGAGAGGCUCUAUGACCUGGUUGCCGUCGUGGUGCAUUGUGGGAGUGGUCCAAACCGAGGACACUACAUCGCCAUUGUGAAGAGUCACGACUUCUGGCUGCUGUUUGAUGAUGACAUUGUAGAGAAGAUAGACGCCCAGGCCAUAGAGGAGUUCUAUGGCCUCACCUCUGAGAUCUCAAAGAACUCUGAGUCAGGCUACAUCCUAUUCUAUCAGUCAAGAGACUGACUGUCCCUGAAGAGGACAGUACCUCUCAGUGGAUUUGAGGAUCAUACUAGUGGACCAUACUAGUGUAAAUCGCUCUGUGGUGUCACACACCUACUGAAGCUCAGCCUCAGUCCCCCCUAUCUUCCUUCCUUCCUUCCUUCCUUCCUUCCUUCCUUCCUUCCUUCCUUCCUUCCUUCCUUCCUUCCUUCCUUCCUUCCUUCCCUCCCUCCCUCCCUCCCUCCCUCCCUCCCUCCCUCCCUCCCUCCC